GCCUCGGCGGCCCGUGGGCGCUCGGGGCCGCGGCUGGGCGCGCUGCGCGGACGCUCUCCGGGGGUGGGAACCAGCCGAGGCGGCGCCGAGAGCCGGCGGGCGGGGGCCGCGGGGCCGGAGCCAGCGACAUGGAGACCCGCUACAAUCUGAAGAGCCCGGCUGUUAAGCGUUUAAUGAAAGAAGCAGCAGAAUUGAAAGAUCCAACAGAUCAUUACCAUGCACAGCCCCUAGAGGAUAACCUUUUUGAAUGGCACUUCACAGUGAGAGGGCCCCCGGAUUCUGAUUUUGAUGGAGGAGUUUAUCAUGGAAGAAUAGUACUGCCACCAGAGUAUCCCAUGAAACCACCAAGUAUAAUUCUACUAACGCCUAAUGGACGAUUUGAAGUAGGAAAGAAAAUCUGUUUGAGCAUCUCAGGACAUCAUCCUGAAACUUGGCAGCCUUCCUGGAGUAUAAGAACAGCACUGUUAGCCAUCAUUGGUUUUAUGCCAACAAAAGGAGAAGGAGCAAUAGGUUCUCUAGAUUAUACACCCGAAGAAAGAAAAGCUCUUGCCAAAAAAUCACAAGAUUUCUGUUGUGAGGGUUGUGGUUCUACCAUGAAGGACGUCUUGUUGCCUUUACAAUCUGGAAGUGAUUCAAGCCAGGCUGACCAAGAAGCCAAGGAACUAGCUAGACAGAUCAGUUUUAAGGCAGAAGUUAAUUCAUCUGGAAAAACGAUUGCUGAGUCAGACUUAAACCACUCUUUUUCACUAAAUGACUUACAGGAUGAUAUACCUACAACAUUCCAAGGCCCCACAGCCAGUACAUCGUGUGGAGUCCAGAACCCGUCAGGAACCUCUCUUCAACAGCCUACCCAGCCUGGAGCAAAGAGCACAUCUCUGAGCCCUCGACAGCGCCGAGCCCAGCAGCAGAGUCAGAGAAGAGUGUCUGCUUCACCCGAUGUAAUCCAGGGUCAGCAGCCACGAGAGAACCGCACUGACCAUGGCGGCUCCGCUGUACUGAUUGUCAUCUUGACUUUAGCAUUGGCCGCUCUCAUAUUCCGACGGAUCUAUCUGGCCAACGAGUACAUAUUCGACUUUGAGUUAUAAUAUUGUUUUGUGUCUUAAGAGCUGUGACUCAUCUGCUUCAUUAAACAUUCUGCAUUGGGUAUAAUCUAAGAAUUGUUUACAAACGGAUUAUUUUGUACCUGCCCUUCAUUCCUUAUUUGAUCCGUAUAAAUCCAGUAGUCCUAGACAUGCAGACUGUGUCUUGCUUAGUUGAACGGACAGGAAAUCAAAUUCUCUUGUCUCACUAGGUGACUUACUUUACAGGGACAUAGAACUUAAUGUUGUUUCUUGCUUUUUUUUUUUCUUCCCCCAUGUAAAUUUGUGAUAUUUUUCUGUAUAGCCCUUUGAAAUCUUUUGGAUAAAAAAGAUGGUGUUUUAAGUUUCAACAAGUAUUACUAAUCACUCAACACCAUUUAUUGAAUGUUCUGUUUCUACUUAUAUUAAGUGAUAUGGGGAUAAAACAGUUGAAAAGGGAAAGUAAACCCCUCAGAUAGAUUGCUUAAAAUGUCAUUCUAGAAGCCAUGCUAGGAUGGCCCUUUCUGUGACUGACUGUGCACUAAACCAUUCUUCAGCGGAAGUAAGUAUUUCAGCCAAACAUUUAGCAGAAAGUGAGAUCACAUCUUUAUUAUUGGAUGUCAGCUGAUGGAAUGACACAUCAUAACUGCUUUGAAAUACUGUUAUGCCCUUCUCUCCAAUAAUGCACACUAGAUUUGAAAACAAAACAAAUCUUCUACAGGUCUUUGUUUUAAAGCACAAAGGGUCCAAGUCAGGAAAUUGCUUGACUUUUUUUUUUUUUUUUAGUUAAAUGGAAUUAGCUUAAGAUUUGAAUGUUUGCUCCGCUUUGAACUGUUUAUCUUUUGAGAUGUAUUGUAUGCUUAGCUUUAUAAUCACUAUAAAUUUAAUUAUUCCGGGAAUAUACAGGAAUAUACAUAAUGUUGAAAUAUUUUAUGUACCAUUUUAAUAGAAAAGCUCAGGGCCCAAGCAACAGUGAUAGAAAUUAGAAAAAAAAUCUUUUCUUAGGAUUUACUGUCCACCUAAUCAAAGCCCAAGAGAUAAUUCUCAGUACAAAAUCAUUAUAACUUAGUGUUAGCUCCACAGAUGGUUAAUAGAUAAUUUUAUCAUCGUAAUGCCUGAUAAGAACAUGUAAUCACAGGAACACAAGGAGCCAUUGCCUUCAGCAUGUUCAGUAGCAACAUUGAUGGCACUCUUGGGAGUAUGAUUAAUGAUUUAAUUGUUAAGCAUAGGCGGUUACCCGAUUUUAAUUUGUUAUGCUCUAAAAGUGCAUUUUUAAGUUAAAAAUUUUUAUUUUUACAACUUGAUGUUGUAAAUGGUAUUAGGCUGAUCCACAAAAGUUAGUCCAUAAUGUAUCUUAAAUAUUGGAGGAUGACAUUCACAAAGUCCUUUGUGGUUUUAACUAACAAAUUAUGGGCAAGAAACAAUGAUUUUAAAGGCAAAUAAGUUUUUACUCCUAUUCUGGGACUUUGAUUCUUUUAAUCAUCAGACAAUUUCUGUUUUUAGCUAAUAGGCAGUUUUCCUUAUGUUUGAAUUUAAAGAAAGGUCAUAUUGUAUACUAGUUAGUAUACGUAGUUGUCAUAAACUGCAAUAAUUAAAAAUUUUUAGGUGUUUACAGAUAGUUUCUGUUCUAUAGCUGAAGUUGGUAAAUUUAAAAAAAAACUCAAGGACUAUAUGAGAAUCUCCUCUGGAAAGUUAUAGGUUACUAUUUUAUAACUCUUGCUAGGAGAAAAAACGUUCUGGAGUCUUGGUUUGAAACACAAAGUGUUAGAAGUCUUGGCCAAUGGUGGUUGAUCCUAUAGCAAAAAAUCAUUGACUCAGACUUGGGAAUAUUACCACCUAAAAAGGAGGAAAUUCCCAAACUUGCAAUACAUGCUGAGAUUAGUCCUCAUUAGGGACAGCCUUCUGUCCAUCUCUUGGUGGAACUUGAGCUAGCCUCAGUGACCUCUUUGCCUGUCUCCAUUUACAGGGUGGACCUAGACUUUCAGCUCGAGUCAGCCAAAUGGCUUUCACAUUGUGCUGAUCCUUCGCUCAUUGAUCUGCCUCUUCCCUCGCCCAUCAACUGGCAAGUCGUUUUCUGGCUAGUAUCAGUUAGCAUCUGAUACAUAUCUGAACCAGCCUAUUUUGCUCCUUGCUCUGUUCCUUUCAGCUCGCACAUACUACCUAAGAAUAUUUAAGUUGUUAGCCAGACUUCCAUUGAGGAGGAAUUAGCAAAAUUGAUCUUUGGGUCUAUUCUUUCUUACACUUUAUCUGAAGAACCUCUUCAGAAAACAUAAUUUUCAAAUCCCACUUUAACUUCAUAAUUGCAGCAUCAGGCCAAAACUGGAUAUAUUAUUUAAAAAGAUAAAGGCCAAGAAUUCCCUCUUCUAAUCCUCAGAUUUAGAAAACUCACAGCUUUUUCUUUGACCAGUAUAAGCACAUGACUACAUGUCAAGGUACUUAAAUUAGCAUGCUUGGAAAAAAUAAUGUUUCACCUGUAACUGUUUAAGCCAAUGAAACUUUACAAACUUUAUGUAUUAUGGGCUUUUAUGUAGCACUUUAUAUUUUCAUGCUGCUUAUUUUAUUCUACUGAAAUAAAUUAAUUUCAUCAAAAUUCUCAAUUUUUUUAAAAAGUAAUUGUUAAUUUUUUGGAGUAUGGAAAUAUAAAUUUCUUAUUUAAAAAGAAUAAGAAAUUUUUUUGUUAUUUUUGGCUAUGAAUAAACUUUCUGGUAUCUCAAGGUCUACCAUUUUUAUAGACCACAAUCAGUCAACAGGCAAACCUCACAGAUUCAGUCCAAAUACUUGAGCAGAAAUAUAGCAGAAAAGCAGAAAAACCUAUAGUGUUUUGUUACUUGAGAGUCUGUAUAUGGAGGGUGAAUGUGUUUGGUGAACUGACUUUUAAUGAAGAAUGUGUACAUUAACGUGUACAAGUAAAGCCAUCUUGAGAGGCUGUGCUUUUGCUCAACAGCUGUUUUGAUCUUUAACAGUUGCCUGCAGAACUAGUCUGAGCUGCUCAAUAAAACCAGUAACUUUAUUCAUA